UAUCGAUGUGGUCAACGUCAACUUAUAAUGACAGAAGAGGGCGCUCGUCGACUCGCCACAGCGAUCUGGGCCCACUAGGAGCGACUACAUAGUACCGUCAUUAUAGACUUCACCCCGACUUCGUACAUCAUCAACUCAGCUUCACCAAACUAUUGCCAUCCAGUCUAACCCAUGCACUAAAGGGCUGCCAUUAUAUCAUCUACGCACCAGAGCCGCAAAGCAAUGGACGCCCCAGAACCGUCUACGGUGUCAGCUGAAACUGACCCGAUGAGUAUACGGGCUCUCAAAGAUAUAUCCUUCGGUUCUAUUGCCGGAAUGUCAUCUAAAGUAUUCGAGCAUCCCUUCGACCUCACGAAAGUCCGACUACAAUCCCAAGUACUAGACGCAACCGCCCGGUUUGACGGGCCAAUAGAUUGCUUGGUGCAGACAUGGAAGAAAGAGGGCUUGCGGGGUCUGUACAGGGGCCUACCAGCGCCCAUAGUCGGAGCGAUGGCGGAGAACGCGUCGCUUUUCUGGACAUACACAGAGUUCCAAAACGCGAUCCGGUGUACCCCCAUAGAGCUCGUGAAGUGCAAGAUGCAAGUGCAGAUGCUGAUGGCACCCGGUCUCUCCGGCUCUCCUUUCCACAAACUUCCCGGUCCCAUCUCCGUCCUCACAUCCGUCAUUCGUACCACCGGCUUCCGUGGGCUCUGGCUCGGCCAGACCGCGACGCUCAUCCGGGAGACCGGCGGCGGCGCCGCAUGGUUCGCGUCCAAGGAGGCUUCAGCGGUGUCUGGCGCCGCGGCGGGCAUCGCUUACAAUGUCGCGCUCUUCCCGGCAGACACGGUGAAGAGCACGAUACAGACGGAGGCGGAACUGCGCCCGAGAGCGCCUGGAAAGCCUGGUCCUACGUUCCUUGGCACGUUCAGAGCGAUGUAUGCGGCGCAGGGGAUCAAAGGCUUGUACGCAGGGUGUGGUAUCACUGUGGCGAGGGCGAUACCUAGCAGUGCCCUCAUCUUUUUGAUUUAUGACGGCUUGAGCAAGAGGUAUGGCUCACAAUAA